CUCCGAUUGAGGGUUUGUUCUACUGAUCUUUCUCGUUUCGAUUUAUUCUCCCUGUCUUGAUUUCGCCGGAGAUUUCGGAUCUUGUUAUUGAUUCUCUCUAUCGGUAAUUGGAGGAUAUGGCAGGUAAAGGCGGCAAGGGGCUUAUCGCCACAAAGACUACUACGACGGCUGCUAACAAAGACAAGAAGAAAUCCAUCUCUCGCUCUUCUCGUGCCGGUAUUCAGUUUCCAGUGGGUCGUAUCCAUCGUCAACUCAAGACACGUGUUUCAGCACAUGGGAGAGUUGGUGCCACUGCUGCAGUCUACACAGCAUCGAUUCUUGAAUACUUGACUGCAGAAGUUCUCGAGUUGGCUGGAAACGCGAGCAAAGAUCUGAAAGUGAAGAGAAUCACUCCGAGGCAUUUGCAGCUUGCCAUCAGAGGAGAUGAGGAGCUUGACACUCUCAUCAAAGGAACAAUCGCUGGAGGUGGUGUCAUCCCCCACAUCCACAAGUCCCUCGUCAACAAGAUCGCCAAUGACUGAAAAAAUCCUCGUCAACUUAGUUUUAUCUGCUUUGCUUAAUAGCUUCUGGUGUUUGUGUUAACCUUAUUGGUUUAGUGUGCUUCUCUUAUAAACAUCCUCAAGUGUAUAUGGGUUAACUUUAACCUCCUAGGUUUCUCUUUUUUAGACUCCCAUCCUAUUGAGAUCUUGCUCUGAUGAUAUUAUGAUUAUGGAUGAUUUUUAUUA